UCCAUCGACAAACUCGGCUAUCGAAUUGAACGGCAUCAAGAUGGUCAACCUUCGCACUCAGAAGCGCCUGGCCGCUGCUGUUGUCGGCUGCGGCCAGCGCAAGAUCUGGCUUGAUCCCAACGAAGUCAACGAGAUCUCCACCGCCAACUCCCGCCAGACCAUACGGAAACUCAUCAGUGAUGGCCUGAUUAUCCACAAACCAGUCACGAUGCACUCGCGUGCGAGAGCUCGUGAGCUCGCAGAGGCCCGCAAGAUCGGUAGACACCGAGGCUUCGGUAAGCGAAAGGGUACAAAGGAUGCUAGAAUGCCCAGCCAAGUCCUUUGGAUGCGCCGGCUGCGUGUCCUUCGCCGUCUCCUCGCCAAGUACCGUGCCUCCGGCAAGAUUGACAAGCACCUUUACCACGAGCUGUACCAUCUGAGCAAGGGUAACACCUUCAAGCACAAGCGUGCCCUCGUCGAACACAUUCACAAGGCCAAAGCCGAGAAACAACGUGAGCGUAUGCUUAAGGAAGAGAUGGACGCCAAACGUGCCAAGACCAAGGCUGCCCGCGAGCGACGACAAGAGCGUAUCGCCGCCAAGAGAAACGCUCUUGCUGGUGAGACUGAGGAGGCCUAAAUACAUUCAUUGUCUUUGAUUUAAUUUUUCCUUAUCAAACAUUAUGGGUCAAUGGCAAGGUCUUUAUUUUGAUGAUUACACAAAAACGAAACAUAUUAUGCAUGAAGCAUCUGUCGUUUUUUUUUUCAUCCAUCUCCAGCCAUUUUGUCCAUCACCCCCUUAUAUUUUAUUUUUCCAUCCUGAGCGAGCGAAGGAAAUGGAACACAGGGUUCUCAACUGAGAAUAUGGGUGUAGAGGGAAUAGCACAUACGAAUGGGAUAUGGCACAAAAGUGAAAAGCGGCUUAGGGGAAAAUACCGAUAAGGAAUUAUGAAUGAAAAGACUUUGAAAUCAAUUCUUGCUUUGUUCCU